AUGAAUGAAUAUUUUAUGCAAUUUUAAAAUUAUAAAAAAGGAUUUAACUAAGAGAAAAGACUUCAGAUUAAACUUAGUAAAUAAUCUAAGGAGAAGAUUAACAAAAAUUAUCAUAUGAAAUAAAUUUUUAUAAUUACAGAUUCUUUGCUCUAAAAACAUUUCUCAAUGCCAUUAUUAUUGGUAUUUUAUUGA